GUGGACGGCAAGUUUCAGACUCGCCCCCACCGGCGCGUUUCUACAUACAUACCCGUUUCGGUUUGAAUUGGGUACUUGUGCUGGCCGCUGGCAAUACGACGAUGACCCGGCAGCUCCUGAGAACCCAGCCUCACCACGCUGCUGACGCUGACGACUUCGCGUUUCGCGAAUGCGGAGUUGGCUUCUGGGCGAUCCCGCUCGCCCUUAACGCGGCACGCAACGAUGGGGAUUACAGCCGGCCUUUUUGCGCGCUUCUGCGUUGCUAGCCCGGGGUAUAAGUGCAGCGCGCGGGCAUCCGUAACGACAGUAUCGAAAUGCCCGUCGUGAAGAGCAUCUCUGCUACUCGACCCGUCAACCCGCCUGGAUGCUCCACCGUACUCACGGAGGCGCAGCUGUGGGCCGGACUAGAGAUCAAGAUCAGGGAUCCGACCACGUUCGUGGAGACUGUCACCUAUUGCGAGCUCGCAGAGGAUCAUGGAGACCAGAUCGUUAGAAAGGUCAAGUUCGGCAACGACCCGGAGCUCGUCUCUGAACCAUGCUGGUUCUACCCGAACACCAUGGCUCGUGGAACGUACCCCAACGGGGGUUUCGUUGAGGACGUCGUAUCCUACGGACCCAACGACGAGCUAUAUUUGAGUUUCAAUUGCAUCGAUGUCCUGCCUGGCGAGCUUAACGGAGGGCCAGAGCCUCCCCCGCCGAACGUAGUAGCCGCAAGGGUCGGGGCUGAGAUCGAGCGAGCGUUGCGGAGGAUACGGGAGCUGGUAGAGGACGGUACUAUUACUGCAUAG